AUGGCGGUAGUAGAGUUCUUCCCGCCGCCGUCGCCGAUGCCGUCGGCGACGCUGCACCCCGUUGUCCGCUUCAACAUCUGUGACUGCUACGUCCGGCGCCCCGACCAGGCCGAACGCGUAAUCGGGACCCUCCUUGGCUCCGUCUCCGACGGCGUCCUUGAGAUCAAGAACUCCUACGCCGUCCCCCACAACGAGCCCGCCGACCAGGUUGCAUUAGAUGUUGAUUACCACAAUAACAUGUACAUGUGCCACCUAAAGGUGAAUCCCAAGGAAGUUACAGUUGGAUGGUUUUCAACUGGCUUUGGUGUUUCUGGUGGGAGUGCAUUGAUACAUGACUUCUAUAAUAUUCUUCCACCCAUUCAUCUUACAGUUGAUACUGGAUUAAGAAAUGGACAAGCUUCCAUAAAAGCUUAUAUACUUGUCAAUUUGUCUCUUGGAGAUGGGCCUCUUGCAGCGCAAUUUCAAGAAAUUCAUCUUGAUUUGAAGAUGAUUGAAGCAGAAAGAGUUGGAUCUGACGUCUUAAAGACUACUGUUACUGACAAGCUCCCCAAUGACUUGGAGGGAAUGGAAGCUUCAACAAAGAGAUUGUAUUCUCUGAUUGAUGAUAUCUACAAAUAUGUAGAUGAUGUUGUGGAGGGACGAGCGGCCCCAGAUAAUGAUAUUGGUAGAUUUCUUGCCAAUGAAUUGGCUUCCGUUCUGAAAUUUCUGCAAAUGAUUUUUGACAAUGUUUUCAACAAAAUAAUUCAGGAUAAUUUUGCAUUGUUUUACCUGUCAAGCCUCAUUAGGACACAACUAAGCAUAGUAGAGAAGCUGAACACGGCUGCUCAGAUAUUGUAA